GACCAAGACAUUGGAAUGUUAUACGAUGGGACCGGGUUAUACCGGACACCUAGGGACCAAAGACAUUGGUAUGUUAUACAAUGGGACCUGGUUAUACCGGCCACCUAGGAAACAAGACAUUGGUAUGUUAUACAAUGGGACCUGGUUAUACCGGCCACCUAGGGAACAAAGACAUUGGUACGUUAUACAAUGGGACCUGGUUAUACCGGCCACCUAGGGAACAAGACAUUGGUAUGUUAUACAAUGGGACCUGGUUAUACCGGCCACCUAGGGAACAAGACAUUGGUAUGUUAUACAAUGGGACCGGGUUAUACCGGACACCAAGGGACCAAAGACAUUGGUACGUUAUACAAUGGGACCUGGUUAUACCGGCCCCCUAGGGAACAAGACAUUGGUAUGUUAUACAAUGGGACCUGGUUAUACCGGCCACCUAGGGAACAAGACAUGGGUAUGUUAUACGAUGGGACCGGGUUAUACCGGACACCAAGGGACCAAAGACAUUGGUAUGUCAUACAAUGGGACCUGGUUAUACCGGACACCAAGGGACCAAAGACAUUGGUAUGUUAUACAAUGGGACCUGGGUAUACCGGCCACCUAGGGAACAAGACAUUGGUACGUUAUACGAUGGGACCGGGUUAUACCGGACACCAAGGGACCAAAGACAUUGGUACGUUAUACGAUAGGACCUGGUUAUACCGGCCACCUAGGGAACAAGACAUUGGUAUGUUAUACAAUGGGACCUGGUUAUACCGGCCACCUAGGGAACAAGACAUUGGUACGUUAUACAAUGGGACCUGGUUAUACCGGCCACCUAGGGAACAAGACAUUGGUACGUUAUACGAUGGGACCUGGUUAUACCGGCCACCUAGGGAACAAGACAUGGGUAUGUUAUACAAUGGGACCUGGUUAUACCGUCCACCAAGGGACCAAAGACAUUGGUAUGUUAUACAAUGGGACCUGGUUAUACCGGCCACCUAGGGAACAAGACAUUGGUACGUUAUACAAUGGGACCUGGUUAUACCAGCCACCAAGCGAACAAGACAUUGGUAUGUUAUACAAUGGGACCGGGUUAUACUGGACACCCAGAGACCAAGACAUUGGCAUGUUAUACGAUGGGACCGGGUUAUACCGGACACCCAGAGACCAAGACAUUGGUAUGUUAUACAAUGGGACCUGGUUAUACCGGCCACCUAGGGAACAAGACAUUGGUACGUUAUACAAUGGGACCUGGUUAUACCGGCCACCUAGAGAACAAGACAUGGGUACGUUAUACAAUGGGACCUGGUUAUUACGGCCACCUACUGAACAAGACAUUGGUAUGUUAUACAAUGGGACCUGGUUAUACCGGCCACCUAGGGAACAAGACAUUGGUAUGUUAUACAAUGGGACCUGGUUAUACCGGCCACCUAGGGAACAAGACAUUGGUACGUUAAACGAUGGGACCCUUUUUUAUACGAUGCAAUUUUUUUGUUCUUUCGUGAUUCAAAAGAAAUAUAAACCUCGUGCUAAAAUUAAAGUUCAUAGCAUCCACAACAAAGAUUAAUUUAUGAACAAAUUGUCAACAAGUGAGCGCACCACCUUAAAGAGCCCUUGUCAGCCACGCCUUUGUUAUGGUUUUCAUUUCAUAUUAGAAGGCACAUAAUGUGUUAAAAUCAUGAAAUAAUCGUCUAGAAACAAAGUUUGAUGCUUUAUUUGCCAAAUGCAAUCGAAAAUAUUGCAUUGGCUUGCCCAAAUCAGCCGAUGGAAAUGGAUGCUUUAUCACACUUGGUUCUUUGCUAGGAUGACGACAUGGCAGCUGACGGAGGUUGUCUGAGCAUAUGGCUGACAAAACAAUAUAAGUGAAAUGAAAUGAGUGAAAUCGACUAGUCGCGGACGCAUCUUGUUUUGUCUAACCGAUUAUCUUCCCGCCAAAAGGCAAUAUAAUGAUUGGUUCGGGUUGUCUUCUUGGCACUGAGCACGCGAUGACAUGCGCUCUUUCAAGAAUCUGUUAUCGAGGUGUUUCCCCUGGGAAACAAACCAGCUAGCAGAGAGUAUCCACUUUAAGAAGGUUCAGAAGUACUUUUCGCGCGUUAUUACUUCGUCAAUAAAUACAAGACUUGUAGAAUGUUUGGUCCCAUCUCGUCUUAAAAGAGUGGAAAUUGCACAUGACUGAUUGCUCCAUGAUUACUCAUAACAAACCGGAACCCUGAAAAGUCAGAGUUCAAAUCAGCCCUAACAGACGUUCGUGAUUUUUGAGAUAUGAAACACGUACACCUCAUCGCCGGCCAGUAUCGAUUUACAAUUCUCGCUAGUAGGUAGGUAGGGACUUGGAUAGUUCUUGCGCGUCAUCCGAUCACGCCAGAAUACUACACCUUUGAGUUCCACUUCCCAUAUUGAGCAAUCCGUAGAUUAUAAAUCCUUCACCAUUGCUCAGAGGGUGCAAAUCGACGUGUGAGAGGUUUAAAAGGAGUUAUCUGGAUUGCGGGCCUGGAUAUUGGUGGAACGCGACCUGUUUUAGAGCGCUGUUUUGCCUCAGUUUUACUCUACCUAGGUGAUUAACAUUUGAAUAACUUCACAGUGAGAAGGCAAUGAGUGGAGGACUCGCGACAAAUUUGUGUUGCAGAUAUCUGGAGAUUGUUUGAGUCGUGAAAUAUCACUGAGUUGCGGUUGGCUUUAAUAACAAACAAGGAACUUCUUGAGGACCUCAGCUACCAUAGAUUUAAACUUAGUCAUCUUUUCUUCUAAUAUUUGGCGGGGAAUCUCCACUCCUUAGGCCAGAAGCAGUGCCAAUAUCUGGAUGAGUAUCCAAACCGAUCUCAUCUGUGCGGUUUGAGAAACUCUCGCAAGGAGGAACUUCUGACUUUGAGUGUUAUACCAAACCUAAGAGGGUUAGCAAACGCUGAACCCGGCUUGGAAAGAAACCAAAGAAACGCAGACAUGAAGGAUACAAGCGCUGAUGCCAUAAAAGUGGUGGUGUUUGGAGAAGCAGGCGUGGGAAAAUCAGCGCUCACAGUUCGUUACGUGCUUCGUGAGUUUCAGUCCACCUACCAACCAACAAUAGAGGACUCUUACCCCGCUAAUGUAGAGGUUGAUGGCCGCCCAGUCAAGCUUGAAUUAUUGGACACAGCUGGACACGGCGUGUUUAGCCAGAUGCGUGAAAGCUACAUCCGGUCAGCGGACGGCUUCGUGCUUGUGUACUCGGUGACUGACGAAUGGAGUUUCCACGCCAUGACAACCAUCUGCGAACAGAUCAUUAGAGUGAAGAGAGAGAAGACAAGCGUGAGGCCGCCUAUCGUCCUAGUAGGGAAUAAGUGUGACCUAGAGAGUGACCGUCGCAUUUCGUACCAAGAUGGCGUCCUUCUUUCCAAGCGAUUCACCUGCCCAUUCUUUGAAACAUCAGCAAAAGACGACAUCGGAGUCGAAGACGUCUUCACUGAGCUUACACGACAUGUCAAGCGAUCACGGAAUACGUCACGAAAUACGUUCUCUAGAGACAGUCGAACUAGGUUUUCCAUGAGAGGAUUGACGAUAAGUGAAAGAAAGUGCAAAGAGAGGCUACACGCGCUGAAAAAGAACGAGAGAAGCACGGAGUUGCGACGGACUGGGUCCUUUAGGAGAUUCGUAUGCGGGGCUGGAGCCUUGACGCAACCGUAAUGAAUGGAACGAACCAUAAUCGAAAUGAAUACUUUAGAAACUAGAAAAAUAAAAGCAACCAGGCCCGUAGCCACCCUCCGCCCCCCCCCCCCGUCCCCCCCUCUGACUAAAGGUCCGCUAAAAAAUAUAGGCGACACUUGCACUAACUGAUCAUGUUACUUUUUGUGUGGCAAAUUCAAGCCAAAACAUACACAGAAAUGACUGCGCGUAAGAGCAAGUCGCCGGGUACCCGAGUAAAUGGUUGAUCGAAUCUCCUCUCUCACUUUUUGGCCACGGGUCUGGGAAGGCUGUAGAAAAAUUUAGUUGGUCUGCGAUCAAACACGGAAUAAAUUAGGUUUCUCGGGUGCCUGCGUGAUGGUUUAGUGAUAGGGAGAUUCAGAUAUCGAGAACGAUCUAUCCAGAAGUUUGUUUCCGUAUUUGUAACGAUAGUAAUAGUGUAAAUAGAGUCAAGUAGGCGUAUAAGCCAAGUAGGCGUUGUAAAGUUUGAUAAAAGAUAGAAUAAAAUACCAAAUCAUUUUUUAUCAAUUUUAUUGAAAACGAGAGCUGUUUUACAAAGAUUAUAUAUUAAAAAACAGUUUUACAGUUUUAA